AUAAUGAUGAUGAUGAUGCGUUGGCAGUGGUGGAAACCAAAGACGGGAAAUCGGUAACGUUUUCUAUAAUGAGACAGGGUGUUAACGGCUAGAAACGAAGGAAGGAGUAACAUAAAAUGGAGGUUCAAUUUGCCCUCCCAUUCCACUAACACACAUCACAUCUCCCUCUCGCACGCGACGAGGGAGCUCCGCUUCGGAAUCUCACUCCCUCUUUCUGCUAAUUGACAAGAUGGUUGCUCAGAAAUUCGUUGUUGAUUUGAACAAGCCCCUUGUGUUCCAGGUUGGGCAUCUUGGGGAAGCCUAUGAUGAGUGGGUUCACGAUCCUAUCGUAAGCAAGGAAGGCCCUCGGUUUUUCCAAAAUGGUUUUCUCGAGUUGUUCACGCGCACCGCGUGGUGGGUGAUUCCAACCGUUUGGGUGCCGGUUGCAAGUUGGUUCAUUUCCAACUCCGUAAAAUCAGGCCUCCCUUCUCUUGAUGUAGCUCUGCUCGUCUUUCUUGGCAUCUUCGUUUGGACUUUGGCCGAAUACACAUUGCACCGUUUCCUCUUCCAUGUCAAAACCAAGAGCUACUGGGGAAAUACCUUGCAUUAUCUUCUCCAUGGCUGCCACCACAAGCACCCCAUGGAUAGCUAUAGACUUGUUUUCCCCCCUGUAGCUGCAGCUAUAUUAGCCCUCCCGAUCUGGAACUUGGUGAAGCUUAUAUGCACCCCUUCGGUUGCUCCUGCCGUGUUUGGAGGUAUUUUGUUGGGCUAUGUGAUGUAUGAUUGCACCCAUUACUACUUACACCAUGGUCAACCAAAGUCUGAUGUGCCCAAAAGUCUUAAGAAAUAUCACUUAAAUCAUCAUUAUCGGCUCCAGAACUAUGGCUUUGGGAUCACUUCACCCCUGUGGGAUAAAGUUUUUGGAACGGUUCCUCCUCCUCAAUCAAAGGGGGAUGCCAAACGUAGAUAAGUUACUGUCAAGGUUGCAUUUGUUCAUUGGUUAAGAAUAGUUCAUUCAGGAGCUUCACACGAGAUGUGUUGAUAAUUUCAUUAUUCAUGUCUUGUUUGUCUAAUUAUUUUGCUCCUCAAUUGAUGUUUCUGAGGGUUAACGUGCCACCAUCUUGUGUCAAAACAUCCUGCAAAAUUUGAUAAUUAUCAAAUUUAUUUAUUGUAUAAAACUCGCCUCCUUCUACACAGUUCUUUUAUUUAUGUUGUAACUUUGCUUUCCGCAUGAAUCCUUGUAGUGUGGGAUGCCUUUGUGUGGGUUAACUUCUAUUUUCAAAGAAAUCAAGAUAUUCAAUUA